GCGGGCUCCACCGGGCGAGGAGCCGCCGGAGCCGGGAGGGAGCGAGAGGGCCCCGGGCCGCUCCGAUCCAUGAGGCUCCCUGCACGCCCGCUUGUCUGAUGCCGCAUUGGAGGAGGAAGGUGCCAUUAUGGAGUGCUGUCAUGGAGGCUACACUGUGUAUCCACGCGUGCCUUUGGCUGAUUCCAGCCUGGAUUCCCUUGCUCAUGCCAAAUGGACUUGCACAUGGUUCAGAACUCGAGCCUGGGGCUAAAACCCAGGAGAUGGCUCAAGGCUCUGGAGAGUUAACCUGGGCCGUGCACUUAAAUGUGCCAGUGGGGUUGUCCUCCCGUGAGGAGGAGCUGGAGCGACAGGCCGACGAACUGGCCAGGACGGGAGGCCUGGUGAACCUGGGCCGGAUCGGGGAGUUAAAGGGCCGUUACCUCUUCGCCCACCAACCAAAUGGCCAGACAGAACGAGGACCUGAAGCAAUAAGGAGGUCGGUAGAGGCUUUAUUUGCACAGCACGACAGCGUGCGGUGGCACUCUGAGCAGAAGCUUCUGAAGCGCUCCAAACGCAGCCUGCACUUUAAUGACCCCGAAUACCCCAACCAGUGGCAUCUGAACAAUCGGAGGACCCCGGGAAAGGAUAUCAAUGUGACGGGCGUGUGGGAGCGGAACGUGACAGGCCGCGGCGUGACCGUCGUGGUCGUGGAUGAUGGCGUGGAGCACACCAGCCAAGAUAUACAGCCAAAUUACAGCCCUGAAGGCAGCUAUGACUUGAACUCCAAUGACCCCGACCCUAUGCCCCGCCCUGACGCAGAAAAUGGGAACCACCAUGGGACCCGGUGCGCUGGUGAAAUUGCAGCUGUCCCAAACAACGGGAUCUGUGCCGUGGGAGUUGCCUACGGCAGCCGCAUUGCAGGCAUCCGAGUCCUGGAUGGGCCCCUCACAGAUAGCAUGGAGGCUAUCGCUUUCAACAAGCACUAUCAGAUCAAUGACAUCUACAGCUGCAGCUGGGGGCCGGAUGAUGAUGGCAAAACUGUGGAUGGUCCUCACCAGCUAGGAAAGGCUGCCUUGCAACAUGGGGUGAUUGCUGGUCGCAGGGGCUUUGGAAGCAUUUUCGUUGUGGCCAGCGGCAAUGGAGGGCAGCACAAUGACAAUUGCAACUACGAUGGUUACGCCAACUCCAUCUACACCGUCACUAUAGGUGCGGUGGACGACGAGGGGAACAGGCCGUUCUACGCCGAGGAGUGUGCCUCCAUGCUGGCAGUGACCUUCAGCGGCGGGGAUAAGACGAGGAGGAGCAUUGUGACGACAGACUGGAAUUUGGAGAAAGGCACAGGAUGCACCGAGGGCCACACAGGGACUUCAGCUGCUGCCCCCCUCGCAGCCGGCAUGAUUGCCUUGAUGCUCCAAGUGCGACCGUGUCUCACCUGGCGAGAUGUCCAGCACAUCAUUGUCUUCACAGCCACCAAGUAUGAAGAUCGUCGCACCAACUGGGACACUAACCGGGCGGGCUUCAGCCACAGCCAUGAGCACGGCUUCGGCUUGCUAAACGCUUGGAGGCUUGUCAACGCUGCCAAGAUCUGGGAAUCUGUCCCAUACUUAGCGUCGUACAUCAGCCCUGUUCUAAAGGAGGGCAGGACCGUCCCGCUGGUCCCUCAGGCAUUGGAAGUCACCUGGAAUGUCACAGCGGCCGACCUCGCCUUGUCUGGCAUGAGGACCUUGGAGCACGUGGCAGUGACCGUCACCAUAACCCACCCUCGCCGUGGCAACCUGGAAAUCAAACUCCUCUGCCCCAGUGGCAUGGUGUCCAGGAUUGGGACCACCAGGAGCCUGGACUCAGAUCCCAACGGCUUUGCUGACUGGACCUUCUCCACGGUGAGGUGCUGGGGGGAGGAAGCCCAGGGCAUGUACAGACUCAUUAUCAGGGAUGUCGGGGAUGAGACACUGAAGACAGGGACGUUGAAGCAGUGGCAGCUGACGCUUUACGGCUCUUCUUGGACUCCGGCGGAGAUGAGGGAACGGCAAAGGCUGCUGGAGGACGCCAUGAGUGGCCAGUACUUGAGCAGUGGCGAGUCCCUGCCUUGCCCUCCAGGGCUGGAGAUCUCCGAGGAGGAGCCGUACACCAUCACAGCCAACACCCUCAAGAUGCUCAUGUUGCUGGGAUGCUUUGCUGUCUUCUGGACUAUCUACUACAUGCUGGAGGUUUACCUGUCCAGAAAUAAUGUGGUCUUCAAUCUGACGUGCAACAGCUUCCCCGCCUGCAGGUGGUACCCCAGGGCUGGGCGGCAGAAGAACAUGGAGAAUGGGCUGGAUAUGGAGUCCAUCCCGCUCAAUGCGGGGAAGGACAUAGAAGACGUGGAGAUGGAGUCGGAGCAGCCACUGCCCAGCCCGGAAGCCCCAGAAAACUUAGGGGAAGAGGGAAGCUGGAGUCCCCAGGAUCCCAAACCUCACAGCAAUGGCCGAGCCGCAGGCUUUCACGAAGCAAUCCAUUCGGGCUCAGGGUAUCUUGGCCGGGACCUGGCCUCCGACCUCCUCUCAGCAGACAGGGAGCAGCAGACAUGCUAGCGGGCGCUGGGAGCUUGGGAUGCUGGCUGAUAUUGGGUACUGUCCUUCCCUGGGUGCAGGGUGGGGGAGACGUUCCAACCCCCCCACAGAGCCACCGCUGACUUGGGGGGUGCUGGCGGUGGAUCUGGCUCGGAUGACACAGGCCCACGGCUGAGAGGAGGGACCAGCGUCUUGCUCUCGACAUUCCCCAUCACAAAGGCCCCUUUCCCUGCCAUUUAUAAACAAAACAAGCCUUAACUCAUUUUAUAACGGAGUCUGUCCAGGGGCGAAACUCACGGCUUCCCUCCUUCCUCAGCCCUAGGCCCUGUGCUCCUGCUCCCUGCCCGUGAGCACCCGGCAUCCGCUGAACUGAGCUUCCUUUCAUCUCCCGGGGUGCCCGCCCAGGGCCGGCCUGGCUGCUGGUGGAGGAGCCCGGGCUCACCUGCUAGGGCAGCAUGGUGGCACUCAGCGAGUCGGGGCGCUCUCCUGGGGCUGGUUUUGGAGUGGCACUCUCAGGUGUUGGAGAGGGAAGCCGGAAGGUUUCCAUGAGGGUAGCCCCCAGACCCUGUGGCUGGGGCCCUCCCUGUCGUGCGUUCUGCAGGCAGGGUGCAGCCCUGGGGGAAAGGCCCCACAGGAAUUCUCUCCCAGGGAGAGCCCCAGCCUGACUCCUCCCAGCAGUUUGACCCCAGUGCAUCUCCAUUGCCUUCAGUGGGGCACCUCUGGCUGACAGCCCUGGGAGAGUGGACAGGCCCUUACUGUGGAUUAGCUGCAGCCAAACCCUGCGGCUGCGGCACUCGGAUGCCAGGGGUGACUCAUGCAGGGUGAUUCUGCAGCGGGGAGAGCCCGGGUUCUGGACCUGGUGACUCUGGCUCAUGUUCUGGGGUUACGCCCAGGAGUGGUUACGUGUACUGCAGGCGCCCCCAGACUUUGCCCAGGCCCCUCCCCAGGAGCCCUGGGGCUGCCCCACCCUGCAUUAGUGGAGGAGACUGUCACCCCCUUCGUUACAGACCUGCAGGGACUAAGGGCCCAGCCCUUCAGCCAGCUGGAUCAUGGCCUGGCCACACGCUGUAUUGGACACAAGGGUGGCACUGCCAGGCUGCCCUAUCUAGCUGCCCCCCCAGAUUGACGUCUGUACAGUCCCUUCGGUCUUGUAGGGAUAGUUACUUCACUGAGUCCGGGGCUGGAUUUUCUGAGAUGCCUCCCCCAGAGGGGAGUCCAGCCACAGAGCUGUCCCUCUGCCUGCCUCGUCUGUCUCUUGUGCUCAGCACGGGCGCUGUGCCAGCUGGCUUGGGCAGCUCGCUCAGGGUGGGUUUGGUACCCAGUGCACUUCACACCUCCCAGAGCUCGAACCGAGGGUCGCCACCCGGGCUCUGCCAAUGCUCCUGAGCUGUUGGGGGCCUUGAGAAACCACUGGGCGAGUCAGGGCGUGGGGAGCUGAUCAGCAGCCUGGGAAGGCGAGAGCUGUGCUGUCCCUUUCCAGAGCCUCUGGGAGCUAGGGUUUAGCAGGCCAAUGCUCAAAGCACUGAGCUAUCCCUAGGGCACUGGCAGGAGUCAGGUAGGUGCACGGGCUCCUCCCCCCGCGCAGCCAUGGACUUGCACUGGAGUGUGCUGAGCAAUCUCUGAAAUUCCUGGGAGCCCUUGGACUGUUAGCGGGGGGGCAGAGUGAGGCUUCAUGCAGUCACCUGCCCCGGGAGAAGUGUCGUGCACCGGAUGUGACUUCCCCAGCCCUGCACGUGGCUGGGUUAGCUGGAUGGCAGCAGGGGCCAUGUGAGCACAGGGUGUACUGGCCAGCCAUCUGUCUGUCUUUGCAUCAUGUCCCGUAGGCUUUGUUCCUGUUUUCAUGGGGCAGGGGCGGGGGAAGCUCUCACACCGACCCCCACGGCCCUGCUCAGCCAGCAACAGCCACAGUUGGGCUUGUAGUGUUCGUCAUUUAAGUUCCAAAGAUGCUGUCCUCCCUCUCGCCUGCCUGAGGCAUCGCAGCUUCUGCUGGAAAAGUCUCUGCUUGGGACAGAGGCAGGGGGACCUGGGGUGUGUUUAAGCCUGCUGCUUAAAGCAAUGGUUCUCCCUGGAAGGAGCCCCUUUGACUCUAACUGGCCAUUAAGGUAUCCUGGGUGAAGGUGUCCUGCAUCGCAAGAAGGCCCUUUACAUAGUGUGUAGCCACUUGGUUGACUGUGGUAGCCAACAUGAAAUCUAGUGGCCUGUGCUUGGCUGACUGGAGUCUUCAUUCCCCCUUCCUCAGCCAGCUGCCUUACCCGGCUAUCCGUGUUUUCUGGGCUCUGCCUGCUGGCGGCUGUGGUCUCCGCGCACUGCGCACAUUUCACCUCCGGCUCGCUUAGUAGUUGGCUCAUGUUAGCCAGGUAGACCAAACGUUGACGAAAAAAUCUGUUUGCCCAUUUCCAACCAUUGUAACUGCACCUUUUUCUCCCUGCUGUUCCCUCCGGCCACUACGCUCACCCCAUCCUCUCACAAACUAGCCAUUGUCUGGCUAGAGGAAAGUAAAGGGCCUGGUUUUUCUUGGGCCUGGUGUGCACAUUGAGGCCUGGCGCAGGACACUCACAGCAAACACAACUGGUCGGCCCAGCGAGUGCAGAGAGCAGGUGCCUUUCCCCUGGUCUAGUUGCUAUAGCGUGUCUGUGUCAGAUUCCCAGGACAGGGCCCAGAGGAAGGUGGGGUGCAGAAGGGUCUGUGCCCCUCCAGCUGCUUGCGGGGAAGCCAUUGGAGUGUUCCAAGAGUGACAGGACCCCGACUCCAGCAAUACAUUGCAUGGCUGGAUGAGCGUGUUUCGGUGACCGUGUGUCUCCAGCCAUGGCCCGCUCUGCUGCUUAGCACAGUGCUCCUGUCAGCGACAUUGAGGGAGCAGAUUUUAAAUCCUGCAUGGGUUUUCCAUGUGAGCAUUUUAAACAUUACAUGGGGGUUGG